ACCAGGUUAGGCAGUUUAGAAUGUUAAAAGUGACGUCAUUUAGAUAUUUGUCUGUUAUUCAUACUAGGUAUUGUUAUUCAUUGUUACUUAACAAUGGUUGUACCUUGCAACAAAGGAAUAAUUCUUCGAGUUUUAAAACCGAACAAUUUUCGGAGUAUUUGAAAAAUAGUUUUGAAACUGGUUCCUACGAAAAUAGAACCAUUGAAAAACUUUUCAACGGAAUUUGUUCGAAGCAAAGAUCUUCGCUUGCGGAAGCGAUCACCCUCGUCGAAUCAAACCAUGAAGUUAAGAAGAAAAUGAGCCAAGUUUUGCUGCAGUUGGUGCUGCAGAAGGUAAAGACCGAUGGAAGUAAUGAGAAAUUAAAACGUUUGGUUCCAAGUUGUGUUUCAAGCUCACUAAGGAUUGGUAUAACUGGCCCCCCGGGUGCUGGGAAGUCGAUGUUUAUAGAGAAGUUUGGGAUGUACCUCACGCGCGACGUCGGGCUGAAAGUUGCCGUGCUUGCCGUUGACCCUUCGUCGAAACGGACAGGGGGUUCGCUACUUGGGGAUAAAACUAGGAUGUCUAUGUUGUCCGUGGAGCCGAACGCUUACGUGCGUCCUUCACCCUCUAGUGGUGAACUUGGUGGAGUAGCGAGGAACACAAUGGAAGCGAUCCAGCUUUGCGAGGGGGCUGGUUAUGAUGUCAUAAUCGUGGAAACUGUCGGUGUCGGGCAAAGUGAGGUUGCCGUCGGCGACAUGACCGAUAUAUUUACUCUGAUAAUCCCACCAGCGGGUGGCGACGAGUUGCAGGGUUUGAAACGAGGAAUAAUCGAAAAUUGUGACAUCAUAAUGGUGAAUAAGUCAGAUGGUGACCUCAUAAUACCUGCAAGAAAGAUACAAACAGAAUACACGAGCGCGCUUAAGUUUAUACCAAGGAAACAUAAAGUGUGGCGACCACGAGUCACCAGAAUAUCAGCGCUCACAAACACAGGAAUAGCCGAGUCAUGGAAAACGAUGAUGUCAUUAUUUGAAGUUCUAAACUCUUCCGGAAUUUUCCUUCAGCAAAGACGAGAUCAAACUCGCGCGUGGAUGUGGAGUCACUUGCGUAACUCACUCGAAGAAAGGUUUAAAAAUAACCCGCUCGUACAAACGAACCUUCCCGAUAUAAUGGACGGUAUCGAAAAGGGGGAAAUCCCACCUGGGCUGGCUUCCGAUAUUUUGGUCGAUUUAACUUUUAAUAAAGAUUAGUGUGAUGUCAUAAAUAGGCGUCUAACCUGGGUAUGCAGAGAUGCAUGGAACCCACCAUGAUACCGAUGUGAAUCUGGGCACACAUAGUAGCAUGUCCUUAAUAAUGCACCAACUAAAGGUAACAUGGGAUAUCGCCUAAAUAACACCCUUCGUAUUCCUAAAAAUAGGUGCCCGUUGCCAUAAACCUCAUUGUGUGCAAUAAUUGAGUUGUUUUUAUCUUUUUAAACAUAUUAGAAAAAUAUUUAUUAUCCCGUGUAAGUUGUCGAUGAGAAACAAAAAUUUACUUAAACUUACUUGCUACAAAUAUUUCAAUCAAAAUAUUUACAAUCCCAAGUUUUAACUGGUAAAUGGGAUUUGGGGUUUGUUUAUUAAAGUUGCAAAAGUAAUACAGUAAGAUUGUUAGAAUAUCAUAACUAUUGGAAAGCUUAUUUUAUUUUAUUCUUAACUUUAUCUUGCAG